AAAUAAAUAAAUAACGGGUCGAUAUGAAUAUGUCUGUCUCAGAUUUGUCAGUAGGAUGUCGAUUUGCAGAUUAUUUUGUAAUAUGUGGGCUCGAUUUUGAUUCAGGACUGGAAGCAGACAGGUUAUGUGGUGACAAUUUACAUAUAUCUCCUCUCGAUCGCUCGUACAAGGGGAAGGUUCUUGCUCAUUAUCCAGAAAAUGUUCAUAACAAUACAUUUGAUGAACAUGCAGUUUGUAUGCUUUGUUUACCAGCUGGCCUUCAAUUUAGAACCCAAAAACAUUCUUUAGAACCAAAGUUUCAUAGUUUUGUUGUGACUAGAGAAAAUGCAUCAAGAUAUUAUGGAUUCAGCCUUAUUUUUUAUGAAGAAGUUAGAAACAGGAACAUAUGCAGUGCAAUGCAUACACUGCAGGCAAUGUACAUCACUGAAUUGUCGAGUGGACAAACUCCUCCAGGGAAUAGAAAGGGAUCAGGAAAAGAGAGUUCUAGAUCAUUACCUAGAUCUUUUAAACUAGCGCCACACUCAGGAGCUGCACUAACAUAUUAUGAUAUAACCAAAGAUAAACUCUAUGUAGCCAAAAGUAUAGCACUUAUAUGCCAAUACCCUUAUGUUAGGGUUGCACAACUAUUCUUAGAUAAUUUAUUUAGGUCACUACCCAGACAGCCCGGGCCAGGACUUAGUCCUGAGUCCUAUGUCUACAACCUGCUGUAUGAAGUUCCAGUGCCAUCGCCAGGGCAAGCUUUACGCCUUUAUGUGCCUCCUUCAGAACCACAUCUUGAUCCAAUACCUGUUGUGAUAAGAAUGCCAAAUCCACCAGAGGAGUUACCUCUGCUAGAUUACCCUCUACGUGAGAUGUUUUCCACUUUGGGUGUGGAGUGUGUUGUCCAGUUAUUUACAUGUGUGUUGUUAGAACAUCAAGUACUCCUAAGAUCUAGUGAUUUCAACAAAUUAAUGCUAGUUGCAGAAUGUAUAGUAUCUCUAUUAGUUCCAUUCUCGUGGGCUCAUGUUUAUGUGCCGAUACUGCCAUCGCCACUUUAUCAUUUCCUUGAUGCACCUGUUCCAUUUGUGAUGGGACUCCACACAGACAGUUCAGCUAUGACCAUCGGUAGCAAUGGUCCAAGAAAUAUCGCACUUGGAUCCGAAGCAGCCCUUUGUUUAGUAGAUAUUGAUAAACCUGAUAUACAAUUACCAGAGGAAUUGCCAAUAUUUCCCCACAGAACACCAUUCAUUGAAGAACUUAAUCAUGUUUUAGAUAAGCAUCAGAUUAUUAGACCAGAAACAGAACCAACAAAACUUGGAGUGCCUCUAAAUGGCACAUCCUACAAGCAUAUGAACGACGGAAUGAGCAGCAGUUGCACAUUACCAUCAGGCGGGCUGCGGCGCAAGCACUCGCUGCACGACGUGCUGGAGUGGGACGAGGCGCGGCCGCUCACCGAGCCGCCGCCCGAGCCGCGCCGCGCGCCGCGCCGCCUCGACGCGCUGCAGCGCAUCGUCGACAUCGUCAAGCGCACCGGAGUGAAUAUAGAUGACGUCGACGCAGAUACAAUUAUGCCGACGACUAAGAAAAAAAUAUUAAAUGAUAAAGAGCAAUAUAAUGAAGAUAUUCGAUUUAAUAUUUCCAUAAGAGAAACUUUCCUCAACAGAUUCGUUCACAUGUUUUUGAUGUAUGAGAACUUCGUCAUAAUGCCAGACCAAGAUCGUGAUUCGUGGCUGUCCGCUCGCGAGUCGAUGGUAAACUUCGAUAAGGCUUCCUUUCUCUCCGACCAACCUCAACGACAUAGACCUUUUCUGUCGCGUUUUCUAGAAACUCAAAUGUUCGCUACAUUGAUAGAUAAUAAGAUCAUGGCGAACUGGGGCGAAUAUGAUGCAAACUUGCAGGUCUUCGAACAUAGGAUUCGAGGUGUGAGGGCGCGGCUGGGCGAGGUGGGGCUGGCGGCGCGCGGGUACAGCGUGUGGGCGGGGGCGGGCGGGGCCGGCGGGGCGGGGGCGGGCGCGGCGGGCUGCGACGUGGAGGCGGGCGCGCCGGGCGAGCGCCUUCCACACCGCGCCGCCUACUACCGCGCCUUCCCCGCCAGGCUCGACGCCGCGGCCCUGGCGCCGCCGCCCGUCGCGGACCGCAGAACUAAUAGUUUGAAGCGUAUUAAGAAUGCGAAAUGGCAGGUGAAAGAUUGUCCACCUGAGUUAUUACUUGGAGACAUUGGAAGACGACUUUCCACUGAGGUCACUCCGGCUGCUAUUGCACAAAAUAAUAGGACUUUCGUCGAAAAACUUCUAAAGGAAUGCAAAAGUAAAACAAAGAGAAUGCUUCUUGAGAAAAUGGGAACCGAAGAAAGCGAUUUGGGGUUAGGUUGCGAAGUUUCAAUUACAGGCGUAGAAGAAAAUACCAUGAUAGCGUCACUCUGUGACCUACUGGAGAGAUUGUGGUCGCAUGGCUUACAACACAAGAUGGGCAAGUCAGCUUUAUGGAUGCAUCUAACGAACUAUCAAGAAUUAGAACAAUGCAGCAAUUCGACUAAACCUAUUGAUCCAAAUUAUCUCACACCUGCGUUGGCUUGGUGUGUGUUACGGAAACGGCUGGAUUAUUUGUCAUCCGUUGGUGCUGAAGUAGAGGCUCAGCAAAGUACGAGUGCAAACAGGUCGCGAGACAGCUCUCGCGGAGGGUCGAGAGAUAGUUCUCGCGAUCGACUUAGCAACUCCGGCACUUUGGAGAGGAAGUCUUCCCAACCACCGAACCCAUUAAGACCUCUCCCGGAAAAUCUCACCUUUGAUAUGAGGAACGUACAAGCAAUGACCGAUAUAAAGACAGAAAUUGGCUACGCACGAGCCUGGGUGAGACUCUCGUUAGAGAAGAAAUUGUUAUCAAAGCAUCUUCGAGAACUAUUGUCUGAUACCACGCUACUACGAUCUCAAUAUAAAAGAACUGCAUUUUUACGCUGUGAAGAAGAAAGGGAACAGUUUUUAUACCAUUUGUUGACACUCAAUGCUGUUGAUUAUCAUUGCUUUACUAACACUUAUCCUACUACAAAAUUGCCAUACCGUGUGUUGAUCGUGCCAUCUCGUAAAGCAAGUCAAACUACGGCUAACUGCUGGCUAUCUAUAUCUGGCGCUAAUGGUGAAUCAACACCGAAAAUCCCUAUACCAAGAAACACGAAUGAGUUCGUGUUCCAUCACAAAAAUUUAGGAAUCUUGUCGACCCUCCGUAUAGGUCAUGAUAAUUCCGGGUUGUCUCCAAGGUGGCUUUUAGAUCAGAUAUACGUGAGGAACGAAGUUACGGGACAUACAUAUACGUUCCCGUGCAAUCGUUGGCUGGGUACGGGCGUAGACGACGGUUCCACCGAGCGAGUGGUCGUGGCGGCACGCGCCCGCGAGCGCUCCCCGCGCACCCCGGCGCCCGCGCAUCACGCGCUGUCGCCCACCACGCACCUCUCCACCUCCACCAUACAGCACAUGAUCGGUGAUUGCGUUAAUGCUAUUGUGAAAUGGCAUUAUCAGUCUAAGCGUGAAAAAGACGCUAAUUCGCUGAGUGUGUUGCUUUGCGGGGAAAAUGGUUUAGUGAAAUGCUUGGAGCAAGCGUUCUUAUGCGGCUUCAAGUCUGCUCGGCUUUUUGGCAAGAAUCUUUUCAUUUGGGAUUACUUUGCCAGAGUAAAAGACGAAUUCAAGAUGAGCUUAUGCGACGAAUCAAACGUGCAAUCUAAUAAAAGUUGCGGCGUUUCAUACAAUUGUAGACAGGACCAGGAACACAGAGCGAUAUGGAGAUGCUACUGCCACCUGUUAGACGAGAUUAAUUCUGUGGGACGGUCACUUGGAAAAGAUGGAAAAUUUCAACUUUUCAUUUGCCUUAGUUUACGCGAACACUGGCUCCACAGGAUGUUAGUGCCGAUGUCUCUGACGCGAGUUACGUCAGAAAUGUACGAGGAACAGAGCUUUUUGCGAAAGCGAGGACUACUCACCUUCUUGAGGCAGAUACUCGAACCCUUGGACGAAUUCGAUAUAGUUCUAGAAAAUUCUCUCACCCAAGGCAUUUAA